AUGGCUGGCUGGUUAGCUGCUUUCACUCUUUGGGGCAUCCACUCGGGACUUCAGGCAAUGGCAUUGGCAUCGGGCUCCGAAACGGCCGAAUAUGGCACUCGGCUCACUUCGCGUUCCUGUCAAUAAAAUACAACGGCAACUUGUCGCUGCCUUUCAAUAUUGGCACAUACGUCGUUGUGGCAGCACCACCACCUGUUGCUGAGUCCGUGCCGAGUGCGGGUGAGUGUGCUUCGUAGCACAUUUUUGUGGCGCGAACUCAGAGACGCGAAACUUUCAGCCAUAUGGCAGCCUAAGCUGGCAAUAUCAGUGUGUUCAAUUAGCUCGCCAUGUCGGAGAAGUCAACUGCACGCGUCCACCAAGUGGUGGUACACUCCCAGUCCGAAGUCCCAAGCCAAGCCCAGGCAGCUGCCCACCUAAAUGCCCCCGGCAGACGCAGCUCCACCCCGCCAUCCCACGGCCCCUCCAAUCGCUGCCUGAUUGCCGUGAUUGUCUACCUGGCCCUGUUGCUAGAUAACAUGCUGCUAACCGUAAUUGUGCCCAUUUUGCCGGAUUACCUGGCCAGCCUGGAGCUGGAUGCGAUGUCCACGGAGAUUGUCAGUCUGGAUGAUGGAAGUCCAACCGCGAGGCUGACGUACAGAGGUAGUGAUUUUCCGUUGCCCGGAGGACAUCCGCAGUUACACAUCGCCAAGCAUCCGAUUCCUGGCAAAUCGAUGGUCAAUUUCACCCUGUUCCAGCUGGCCACCGAAGCCGCAACCACCACCACAACCAUCAGCACCAGGUCUGUAACCACAUUAACGCCCAAUUCAACCUCCACGCCAUCGACUGUGAGACUGGCCGAUAGCCAGUCGCCUGGAAGUAAUUUGACUGGGAACCGAAACAGGAAGCUCGCCUCCGGAUAUGCACCCACACACAGAAACAGCAACAGGAAGAGCGACAAGGAACUGACCUUGUCGAGGGAGAACGGCUCCAUCGGGCUGCUUUUGGCCAUGAAGGCUCUGGUUCAAUUAAUUUUCAAUCCGAUUGUCGGCAACGCAUCCAGCAAGUUUGGGUACCGCCUACCCAUUGUGGUUGGCACCUUCUUCCUGUUAGUCUCGUCCCUAGUUUUUACAGUGGGCGAGUCCUAUUGGGCUUUGUUGCUGGCCCGUGCCAUUCAGGGUGUGGGCUCCGCCUGCAUCAACAUCUGCGGCAUGAGCCUGGUGGCCCAACACUACCCGGAGGAGGCACGCCGUUCCAAGGUGAUGGGCAUUAUUCUGGGCAGUAUCGCACUGGGCGUACUGCUGGGAUAUCCUUUUGGAGGGAUACUUUACGACCUGAUGGGAAAAUCGGCACCAUUCAUUAUACUCUCGACAUUGACGUUCCUUAGUCUGGGACUUCAAUUACUGACCAUGGAUCUGUCAGUACAGCCUGAGGUGGUGAUGGAGGAGACCCCGAAGUGGCGACCGCUGCUUGAGUGCAAAAUGAUUCUGGCCAUUGUUCUGGCCAUUUGGUUCUCCACCUCCACAAUGGCUAUGCUGGAGCCUUGUCUUCCAAUUUGGCUUAUUCAGUAUCUGAAGCCUAACAAGUGGCAGCUGGGAACAGUGUUUAUACCGGACUCGGUAGGCUACUUUGUGGGCACAAACUUCUUUGGCAGCAUCGCCUACCGAUAUGGCCAGGUGAAGGUAUCCUGCAUUAGCUUAUUGCUGGUGGGAAUUGCCUCCAUUUUGAUCCCCAGUGCCACAACUGUGGCUCAAUUGCUGUUACCCCACUUUGCUCUGGGUCUGGGCAUUGGUGUGAUUGAUGCUGCUCUGGUUCCUUUGCUAGCCACCUUUGUGGAUGCUACUCUCGCCCAGGAGGAUCAAAGCGAGGCCAGCACCUCCAUGUCCAGCUACGGAACUGUCUAUGCCAUCCAGCAGACUUCUGUUAGCCUGGCCUACUGUUUGGCUCCCUUGAUUGGCGGUGAGUUGGCCCAAACCUUUGGCUUUGCUUGGCUCAUGCGAAUCGUGGGCAUCUUCAAUAUGAUCUAUGGCCCCAUUCUGGUCUAUCUUCAUCAGAAAUACGAUCCCAAGGCCCUGAGGGAACAACACAAUGAUAUGUUGCUCCAAAGCAGCGGACGAGGAUCCCGAUACAAACAGCUAUAUAAUUCCAUGGAUGUGGAGUAAAAACCCCAGAUAAUCUCAAGCAAUGUCCCCCUUAAGAUGUUCCGUUUGGCUCAUUUAAAGCAAUAUAUUGGAACUGAUUUUCGAAACCCAACUGUUAUUUCGAAUCUCUUUAAAUCAGAAUCACUUUGUAA